AUGGCUUCCGAAGCAGAAAGGGAUCGACGCUCUCGCAUGGCUGUAUCCACAGUGCAUGCCCCGCCGAAGAAGGGUGGAGCAGGCGGUGCUUUUACGUGGGGCUCCGCCCACGACACCUCCAUGGACUUUGACGCCACCAGAGUUCAGCAGCACGUGGGUGUUGUGACGGCAGCUCCUCCGACCACCGUCCAGCAGCAGGCUGUCCCGUUUACCGCCAACCUGUCCAGCUCUCAGCAGUUCCCCUCCCUCGGCGCACGGACGGUGACCGCGCCGGUGGGCGCUGCCUGGAGCCGGCCGCCCCUCAUGGCCACGCAGCGACCGCCGGUUCCGCAGAUGGCCAGCCAGCCGCAGAUGGCCAGCCAGCCGCAGCUGGUGGCCCCCCCACAACCGGUGACGACCCAAACCUUCGCCUACACGGCGCAGCCAAUGACAGCUCAGCCCAUGCAGGGCAGAGUGAUGAGUGGCCAGGCCCCGCAGCAGCCUGUGUAUGCCUUCCAGAACUCCUACCCCAAUGCCGUGACCUACGCCGCUCCAGCCCCUGCUGCGCGGCCAGUGAGGGAGGUGGAGAAGGACCGCAGAUCAAGAAUGGCAUACUCGACCUACCAUCAAGCCCCCAAGAAGGGCGGAGCAGGUGGCCAGUACACCUGGGGCACGGCUGCAGAUGUCAAGGACAUUGACAUGUCCGCUUUGCCUGGCCCAGUGCUGCAGUCAAAGGUGUCGACGGCUCCCCCAACCAUGCCGCAGACAGCGCCAGCAGAGAGUUCCACCCCCUUCUCGGGGAAUUUUGAGAGCCAACAGCAAUUCCCCGCGCUGUCCACCAGCUCGGCGCCUGGGACCGCGCCGUCCGUUUGGACCGGCGCCCCGCCCGCCUCGGUCCUGGAGCCGCCAAAGGCGUCUGUGCCAGCGCCGGCCACCCAACCGGCCACCCAACCGGCGGCCCUACCGGCGGCCCAACCGGCGACCCUUCCGGCGACCCUCCCCGAGCCUGAGCCCGUCCCUGCCACGCAGAGCCCGCAGAGCGGGGAAGCCGAGCCCGAGAAGGAGGACAGCAAGAAGAAUUGCUCCAUCCAGUGA